GCCUUGUGUUGCAUACCAUUCAACAUUAUGGCGGACGCUUUAUCGAGUACACUUAUUAGGAUCUUGCGCGAUCGUGAUAUACCAUACGAUCGAGAGGCUAUCAAAGCAGCAUUCGCUGACAAAGAAAGCCAGACCGCUGUUCAAGCUUGGAUAGAGGAAUACCUUUCUCCGGAAACUCUUCUGACGAAAGAUGAAGCUGCUUUAUAUGCUACUCUCACGAAGACUGGAGAAGCAGACACUCUGGCCGCACAGGACCUAUCCAUGAUCCAAGGGCUCAGCGAGGAAGAAACUCACACCGCGAUCGAAGAACUGAAGCGUUCAACAGCCGCCAUUGAGAAGCAGACCGAAACUCUGCGACUCCAGCAAAAUGCUAUGAGCGCUUUAGUAAAAACCGAGAAACGAGCUGUUCAAUCAAGGUCCCAGAUCGAGAAAGCGCAAACGAGAAAAUGGGAUGUGGAAAGGGGUCAGAUCAGUGCUGCUAUUGAGGAGCUUUCUCAAAGCUUGAUAUACCAAACUUCUGAUCUGGAUCAGCAGCUUAAGGGCUCUGAAGCCAAUGCUAGGCAGACUGUGGACAGCAUUCUUAAGUCGGAUGACAAGCUGUUGUUAAGUUUGCAGAAACUUGCUAGUGAUCUUGAUCCUGGAAAGCCCGAGGACGAUGUUCUUGUUGCUAGGAUUAGAGAGCUUUGUGCUAGGUACAUCAAGCAUACCGUGGAAGGCAUUCGCACUCGGCUUGAUCGAAUUUAUCUCGAGGCUUUGAGUCAGUCGAGAGAUACAAAUGGUCAUGGUGCUGAUGGCCAAGAGGCGGUCGACUUGCAAGAAGAGCUUGAAUCUUUAUAUUCGGAAAUAUUGCCUGUGGCUCAGAUGUCGGCCGAACAACAAUAUCUGGAACCAGCUCUGAGAAGCAUUGCUGCUACCAAUGGCAAAGGUCAACGGCGGGCAGUGAAGGCAGUAACAUACAUACAUGAAUGUCUGGUCUUCCUCAUCAAUCGCAUCGAGACAUUCUUGCAACGAGCGCAAGAAAGCCAAUGCCAUAAUAUGGCGCUCCAAUUCGUCUUAGACUCUGCAAAGACCGAGCUCAAACGAACCGACGCUUUACCUGGUGUCAAACCAACAAGUCCAGCAAAGUCUAACACCCAGAGGCGACGAAAAUCUUCCGGUUCUCAGUCCUCACUAAAAGUACGAAAUACUCGCCGCUCAUCAGGCCAUCUCGACGAGGAUCUAGAUCCCGCUGGUCAGCUUGCUCGUAAUCUCAGCAUCACUCUCCCUGCCGCAGAUGCUUCUGACGAAGAACGAAUUACUUUCCUGGAAAGGGCCCUAAUGGACAGAGCUAGCAAACUGGAGAGCCACAUGACGAGUCUUCAAUCAACAACCGAGACAUCAAUCGCUUCUCACCUACUCGAUGCUCACGUCACAUUGAAUCUACUACGAGAUUCGCUUCUAGCAGAUACGGACUAUCAUACGGUGCAUCUAGUAGAUCAAGAACUUGAAUCUUCUGUGAAUUCAUUUGAAAACGACAUACAAGCUUUGCAGGAGGACUUGGAAGCUGUUGAUCUGUAUUCGUUACAGACUAAGAAUGUUCAUAAAGAGCAGCUCGUUGAGCGGUGGUCGAGAUAGUGGAUUAUUGGCUGUACUUGUGCGACUCGGAGAUGCACUAUUGUUCAAUUUGAAUCUACUACGUC